AUGACUGUAUCGAAGCAAAGGCUUUUGAAAAUAGCAGAAUUAUCUGCAAAGAUAUUUGAUCAAAAUUUUAAUCCUAGUGGUGCUAGAACUGGUUCAAAAAUAUUAUCAACCAGACUUAAAGGUGCGUCAAUUGCCAGUUAUUAUGGUAACCCUGAUGUAUUGAAGUUCAAACACAUGAAGACAUUGUAUCCAGAUAUGAAGUUUACAGAUGCAGAAGAAGAAUAUAGAUUAUCAAUGGUGGAAGCAAGGAAACGUCGUGGGAAAGGUACUCCUACAAAGAAGAAAUCUGCUGAUGGUAAGAAAAAAGGUAAAAAGAAAUAG